GUCGGACCGGGCGCAGACGGAGUUAAACCCUCUGCGAAGUGACCGCAGUGGUGGUCCAGUCGUCCCGCUCGCAUCCUCUCCUGCCGCAGCAGCUGCCUCUGACCCGCGCGCCUCCAUCCCACAAACUUUUAUCCUUCCGAUUUGUUUUUUUUACGCGCGGGUUUCCAGCGUUGGGCACGAGCGGCUCGCCACUGCUGCCUCGCCGCCAACAACCCUGGCGAUCUGCGUGGGAACUUCGAGGGGGACCAUGCACGUGCACGUGUACGUGGCCGUGGCGCUGCUCUGCGGGGUGUCGGCACUCAAUGUCACGGAGGACACGGCGGCGUGCCCUCUUGGGUAUUUCCCGUGUGGGAACCUGACCAUGUGCCUCCCUCAACUCCUGCACUGCAAUGGCAUCGAUGACUGCGGCAAUCAAGCAGAUGAGGAGAACUGUGGAGACAAUAACGGGUGGCCCCAUCUUUUCGACAAGUACUUUGGAAUGCCCAGCUACAACGCGGGGACCAGGUCCAACGUCUGCUUGCUGGGUGGGAUCCCUGAGCUGUGCCAGUGCAGGGACCUGGAGCUGGACUGUGACGGCGCUCACCUUCUGGACAUCCCGGCGGUGGCGAUGAACGUUACCAUGAUGUCCCUGCAGAGGAACCGUCUUCAGAAACUGAAAGCAAACGCAUUCUUCAAGUACCAGAGCCUACAAAAACUAUAUCUUCAGUACAACAGAAUUCGAGAUGUGAGUCCCGACGCAUUCCGAGGGCUCUUUAACCUAACGAGACUAUAUCUGAGCUUCAACAAGAUAAGCGUCCUGAUGCCGGGCGUCUUCCAGGACCUGCACAACCUGCAGUGGUUGAUUCUAGAAAAUAACAAUAUCCAUAAAAUAUCUUCCUUGACGUUCUCCGGACUGGACUCCCUGGUUUUACUGGUUAUGAUGAACAACUCUUUAGCCAAGCUGGAUGACAUCUGUCGGGAAAUGCCCAUAUUGAACUGGCUGGAUUUGGAGGGAAAUCUGAUUGAAACCAUCGGAAAUAUCUCAUUCUGCUCCUGCAGUAUGCUGACAGUUCUGGUCUUACAGCAGAACAGGAUCAGCCAUAUACACGAGCAGGCGUUCUCAAUCCUACAAAAGCUCGGAGAAUUGGAUCUAUCCAGCAACAGACUGGUGGCUAUCCCGCCCAAUCUCUUUGUCUUACUGGGGGAUUUGCUCCAACUAAAUAUAUCCUACAACCCCAUCGUGGAGCUCCAAGUGGACCACUUUGACAAGUUGCACAAACUUAAGUCUCUGAGCAUAGAAGGGAUUGAAAUUGAAAACAUACAGCGCAGGAUGUUCGAACCCCUCCAAUACCUGACUCAUAUCUACUUCAAGAAAUUCCAGUACUGCGGCUACGCGCCUCACGUGCGCAGCUGCAAACCCAACACGGACGGCAUCUCGUCCUUCGAAGACCUGCUGGCCAACAUCGUGCUGAGGGUCUUCGUGUGGGUGGUCUCCGCCACCACCUGCUUCGGCAACGUCUUCGUCAUCUGCAUGCGCUCGUACAUCCGGUCGGAGAACAAGCUCCACGCCAUGUGCAUCAUCUGAGUCGCAGCGCCGUGCGCAGACGGGCUGAUGGGGAUCUACCUCUUCAUGAUCGGCGCGUAUGACCUGAAGUUCCGCGGCGAGUACAACCGGCACGCUCAGGCCUGGAUGGACAGCGGUGAGUGUCAGGUCAUCGGCUCCCUGGCCAUGCUGUCCACCGAGGUGUCCGUCCUUCUCCUCACCUACCUCACCCUGGAGAAGUACAUCUGCAUCGUCUACCCCUUCCGGUACCUGACGCCCGGACGGAGACGAACGGUCACCAUCCUUUUGGGCAUAUGGCUGUUCGGCUUCGUCGUUGCCGUUCUGCCGCUGGCCUGCAAGGGGCUGUUUCGGAACUUCUACGGGACCAAUGGAGUUUGCUUCCCGCUGCACUCGGAGCAGCCGGAGACGCUUUGGGCGCGCGUUUACUCCAUCGUCAUUUUCCUGGGUCUGAACCUGGUGGCGUUCCUCAUCAUCGUCUUAUCCUAUGCAAGCAUGUUCUAUAACAUCCAGAGGACGGGGACCCAGACCACUAAAUACAGCAACCACAUCAAGAAGGAGGUGACCAUCGCCAAAAGGUUCUUCUCCAUCGUCAUCACCGACUCCCUUUGCUGGAUCCCCAUUUUCAUCCUCAAGAUCCUGUCACUGCUGCAGGUGGAGAUUCCCGGCACCAUCAGCUCGUGGGUGGUCAUAUUCAUCCUGCCCAUCAACAGCGCCCUCAACCCCAUCCUCUACACUCUGACCACACGGCCUUUCAAGGAGACCAUUCUGCAGGUGUGGGCUAACUACAGGCAGAAGAGGCCCCUGCUCGGCGCCCCUCACCCGGCGCACCACCCGUCGCUCACCUGGCAGGAGAUGUGGCCCCUCCAGGAGAACAGCCCGGGCCCCGCCGCGGGGCUCCCGCCGGACGCCAAGCGGGGCCCCGCCGAGAACGCCGGCAACGUCGCCACCAGCAACGCCGCCGCGUGCGCGCAUCGGCCACAGAAGCCGCUUACAGCGUAGUGGGAGGUGUUCAGAGAAAUAACGCCAGACAAACUCAGAGGCGCACACACACACUCUCACACACACACACACACACAUGGUAAAUGAUACAAAUUAACUGUGAUUCAAGUUAAUUUAUCUCAGGCCGGUGUUUAAAUAAAUCAUUAGUGUUCAUUAGAAAUCGCCAAAACGGCAUCGGCCCAAGUGUUGUCGCAGGAAUCCCUCGUGAGGCUCUUGUUUUAAUGAAGACUCCAAAAAGAUCUCCAUCAGCACAAAGCGGAAGCGGCGCCCCACUCGUCUGUUUCGGCGCUCGGUUUAAUUUCUCACAGAGGAGUAUUUUCUUCUUUAUUAAAGUUCAGCUCAUCAUUCAUUUGACAGAACCUCUGUGUUUAAGACACAGUACAAACAAUGUGUUGAAGCACAUCAUUAACUUUUGAAACGGUGGUUUAACCCCAAUAAUCAUAUUGAAAAUAUUUAUAUUAUAUUUAUAUUUAACAAAAUUGAGCGAUGACGUUCCAAAGAUGUUGAAAAAACAUCAGAGCGGGUAAACUAAAACGAGUAUUUGUUGCUCAUUGUGUCGUCUAAAUAGCAUUAAAUCGAAAAGGACCACCAGUGGCAUUGCGUUGUGAAACGUUGCAGCGCGUUUAUUGUGGUUCUCAAAGUCUUUGUCCAGGCACCGAGCUCGGGGGUCUUCAAAGAAAAGUGUGUGGCGAGCAAUAACGUGCAGCUAAAGGACAUAACGGACAAAACUAAGAUUACUGGCAUGUUUCUCUCUUCUUCUUUUUUUGUACUAUCAGGCCCCGGGAGCUUUUUACUGAAGAAUUUUCUUUUCAAAAGUGCUUUGGCAUUUGCAGCGUACAUUUCAUGCUGAUGGCUUAAUCUCAUAUUGAUCGCAAUUCAUGCAACCGACUUGCCGCAAAGAACCCUUUCACAUCCGUCCAACCCCUCAAAGCGCGAGCGUUCAUCCCGUCUGCAUUUGGUCUUUAAUGUUUUCUGUGUUGCUUCUUCCACAACAAGUGUUUUUUCAGAAGUACUGAAUGUAAUGCAUGAGCUAUGUCCAACGCGGUGAACAAAGAAUGUACUUUGAUUUGGGCAGAAUAAAAUCCCCCAGCUGGUCUGGGACUCAAACAACCACUACACAAAACACUACGCAUUUUUUUAUAAUGAUCUCUACAGCGAAGGUAUUUGUACUGUGAUCUCAAACUGUACACAUCCUUUGUUCAAUGAACUACUGAUUCCUGUGGAAAUGUAUAUUUUUCAGUCAUUGUAACUGUAUGAAUAUUAGGGGAUAUUUGUGCCAUUUGUAUUUACAUCCUCACACAUGCAGAUAAGGAAGCCAGCUGUUUCUCUGUAGAUAAUGUCUACAGGCUCCUAUUACAUAUUGAUGGGGAAAUGUGUUUUAAACAUGUUAUCCUUUGAAUUGUUGUAUUGACUUGUGUCUUGUCAUAAUUAUUUACAAUG